UCUUUGAUUAUAAAUGUGAGCCUAGCUUGAGCAAAUAAUCCUGCAUCUCAGUUUCAACCCAAACUUCCCCUUUUUUCUCUCUCAAAGUUCCCUAUAUAUGAACUUGCUUGAGCAAAUAGCCUGUGUUUGAGGAAUAUAUGAAAAAGGUGAGUGUUGAGCAAGAUGGAGAAGCAGGGCACGUGCAUUACUAACUCAUGCACAAGAAUUGUCGGUGAUCAAAUUUAUGGCAUUCAUGUGCUAUGAUAGUACCAUUUAUUACUGUAUUUCCCAGCAUAGUGGAGCAUAGUACUUGUGGUACUGCACAUGUAUGUGCAAAACAAUGAGUUAGCUAUUCAUGUGCCUGUCUUCCCCAUCAUGACCACUCAACCUUAUCAUUAUAUGAUAUGAUUCAGUGUCAAUCCAAUUUUCUUGACCAGUGGCCAUUGAAAGGUAAGUAAUUAAAAGGAGGUCAAUUAAAUGAGUACUAACUCUCUUCUAUUACUUUGUUGUACCGGGUUAACAAGAGCUGACCCUCUUUAUUCACUACAGUCCCGGAACAGAAUAAUCUUGUGUCAUAAGAAACGCUAUUAUCCAAAUCGAAUUUUGCUUUUUUUUUUUUUUUUGAUUGGCUUCACCCUUUGAAAAAUAUUUCUGAUUUCUGGAAUGUGUUGUUAUCUCCUUAUAUGAUCUUGGAUAGUUAUUAUUUGUAGAGCUAGUUUUAAGAGUUAAAGUAGGGGACCCAGUAUCCAUCUUUGCAUGCUGUCUGCAGAGUCGACUCUUUAUAGUUCUUGGUUUAUUUAAUAUUGGGUCUAGAAGCGGAGCUAGAUUUUUAGUUAGGGACUCUGCAGAAUUCAAUAGCUUUAAUCAAAAUCGGAUAUUAGAGUUAAGAAAUUCACUCAAUAUGGAUAAAUAAUUUAUCUGGCACCCAACAAUCUAUCUUUUUUAUAAUAUAGAAUUUAUAAAUUCAAAAUUCUGAGUCUAUAUUAUAUUACGCAUACUCCAGAUGUUUAGUUCUGGAUGUGCCAAGAAUUUGUUAAGUUCGCAUUCGUCCGAGCGAAAUUAUUGUUGUAUGCUUAUGAUCUUUAGGUGAUCAAUUCUUGUUCUAUGAUAACUUUUGAAAUUGAAUUAGCUCCAGGUUUAUUUUCUUUACCAGUAAACAAUGUUGAUGUUUGUUAUAUUCUCAUGUUGAGAUAAAACCUCAAUCGCUUUAAUGAUUAUGAUGAUGAUACUCGUGAAAAAUGUGAUUCGGUGGUGAUGGAAAGGUGCAAUAGUAAUGUCAAAUAAAAGAUAAAACAUUGGAGUGAUCGAGUGGUCUAAAUUACAAUCAAUUUAUUGAUAAAAUCCGUGGUUGAAAGCUAUAUAUGAAGGACCAGAAAUUAAAAGAAAAUCAUCAUUUCACCACGUGAUAUUUCAAGAAAAUAUUGCCUUAGAUUUGCUUCAACUUGAUGUCUUACGGCCUCUCCCAAUUGCUUUACGAUGUGGACUGAGAUAUUUUCGACACCAUUGUUGAUUUUGUAAAUAACAUAAUUUAUAAAACAAAUGGAAUCUGCAGAAUAUAUAAUAUAUUAGGACCACCUGAUAACUGGAAAUAACUUGGUGGGAGCUACACAAUCUGCAACAUUGAUAAGAUUGAUGGAAUGGAAUAUAAAUGUAUCAACAACCAAAUAAUAAUUAAGUUUCAUUUUUCAAAAGCUAAUUUGACUGAAGUUGAAGUUAGAUUGGGUUAGAUUAAUCUAAUAUUUUAAAUUCAAAUUUAGAUAUUCAAUAAUUAUACAAAAAGUACUAUUACUAUAAGUUUCAAUUUUUUCAUAUUAAUAUAAUAAUAAAAUGCAUUCUAAUGUUGGUCAAAAUUUACAUACUUUGAAUCGCGAAAAGUUAAAAGUCACCCCUAAAUUGAAAUAGAGGGAAUAUUUACCUCAAUAUAUACCAACCUAAUUGGGUUAUCAAAGAAAGUCAAGUAUAUAAAUAACCAAGAAUAAGAGAAGAAAACAAAAAACAAUAUAAUUAUCUUUUUAGUGGAUGGAGAGCACCUCAGUAUACAAUACAAAAAAAUUACUCUAUUUUGUGGAAGCCAGAAAGGCUAAGUGAAAGAUGUAUUGGAGCGGCCUGUGACUAGAAUAUGCUUGGUAGAAUCAUUUCCCACUAUAUAUAGAGCACAAACACCAAAAGAUUUCCCACGAAUACUCUUAGCUUUCAAUUGAGAGAAAAAAAAGAUUUAAAUUAUAAAUACGAAUAAGUAUAAAUAAUUUUUAUAGUUUAACUGGCUAUAAAAAGGUUAUAACUUUUUUUUAAAAAAAAAAAAAUUGAAUCAGCCACUAAGCUUUAGUGGCUUUUAUUUUAUUUAAUAAAGUAUUCCAGCCAUACAAGAAAACAAAAAGACGGAAACUACACCUCUCUAUUACACCAUCACUCAAAAAAUCCCUAUAAAUUAGGGUUCUCCAUCUUCAAAUCGAGCUGCAAGAACUAGCUGACCCAGUCGAUGUAGAUCUUUGCCCUAAUCAGUUGUGAAGGAUGAAGAUCGAAGCUACUGAGUUCAGGUACAGAGAGACAGACAGGUGGUCCAGCUCAGUAGGACCUCUAGAUCUAGCAGUGGUCAGUACGCUCCAUUCGAUUCGGAGCUACAGUCAGUUUUGAUAUGCCCCUUUUGGAUAUGUAUGCAUAUGGGUAUGACGGGGCCCUGUCCCGUCCUUUCUUCAGCUUUUAUUCCAGUAGAGGUCUGUAGACAGUUGUAUGUAGUAGUCAGAUGAUGUAGCCUUGUCGGCUUCUAUUCUUUUGUGUACAGUAUAUGUAGCAACCUAGCGGGCUUGCACUGUACUUCGGCAUGUCGUGUAUAUAUAUGCAGAUUGCAUAGAGUUCUGAUGUCUCUCUCUUAUGAGAUAAGUGUAUGCCAUUUAUGGGCUUUUGAUGUUCAGUAUGUUCUAGAUACGUGUUUAGGGGUGUUUGGUAGCUAGAGGUCAGACUCCUGUCACGGCUCAUCGGUUUGGGUCGUGACAGAAGUGGUAUCAGAGCAGUUUCGUCCUAGGGUUGUCUACAGACCGUUUCUAGUAGAGACUUGUUUAUGGGCGUGUUGUGCACCACACUUAUAAAUGGGAGACUACAGGACAGUUAGGAUGAUGUCGUUCUUUCUCUCUUAGAUUAUGCGAUAGAGCCCUGUGUUAAGCGUUCGCUUCUGAUGAAUUGUUCUGAUUUCAGCGAUGCCCCGCAAGAAAGCUACAGCCGCCCAGAAGGGCAAGAGGGUGACCGGUGAGGCCACUAGCCGUACUCGACAGGUCACGAGGGCCCAGGAGGAGAUUCAGAGUGAGUGGCCGUCUGAGACAUCGCAUACACCGUCUCCAGCACCAGCCCCAGUUCCUCAGCCGGAUGCAGAAGCCCAGGAUGUACGGGAUGCUGUACGGUUGUUGACCAGAUUAGUAGCCGCUCAGGCACAGCGGCAGGGAGUUGGUGUUGACCUAGCAGACAGGGCCAGUAGUUUGAGGGUUAAGACCUUCCUUGGGUUAGGUCCUCCUGAGUUUUUUGUGGUAAAGCAAAACAUGGAUCCCCGGGAUUUUAUUGAUGGUAUGCAGAGGACUUUGAGGGUUAUGCACGCGGAUGAGGUUGAGUCAGUAGAGUUGACUUCAUAUAGACUCCGGAAUAUUUCGAUAUAGUGGUAUCAGGCGUGGGAGUUAUCUACGGUAGAAAAUGCCCCUCCAGUUGUUGGCGAGAGUUCUCAUAUGCUUUUCUUCACCAUUACUUACCUCCAGAGGUCCGACGGGCCCGAGCAGAUAGGUUCCUACGUAUUGAGCAGGUAGUAUGAAUGUGCAAGAGUAUUGUGUACAUUUUGAUUCCCUAGCUGGAUAUGGCCCAGCCGUGGUGGCUGAGAUGGAGGAUAGAGUUCAUCGCUCUGUGGCCGGUCUAGGGCCACACUUGAUAGAUGAGUGCACGGCCGCUGCACUACAGCCAGGCAUGGACAUCUCCCGUAUACAGACGUAUACACAGAAUUUGGAGGAUCGUAAAUGCCAGCGGAGAAUACAGUGUGAGCGUGACCGGAGCCGUGGUAAGAGGUCUAGAUCUUUUGAUAUGGUUAGUGAGUUUAGGGGAGGACAGAGACAGCAGCAUCCCAGGUAUUCUUAUCAGCCGGUAAGGAGUGCACCUCCGAGGUUCCCAGGUCCAAGAUUUGACCGGUCUUCUUAUUCCGGAGCGGGCCAGAGUUCUAGAGCGUCAGGUUCUCAGUACCGACCAGAGUUAGGCCAGAUGAGGCCCCCUUUGCCGCGAUGUUCUCAGUGUGGCAAGUUACAUGCAGGUCAGUGUCGGUUGGGUUCAGAUGUUUGCUAUGCUUGUGGACAGCCAGGCCACAGGAUGAAGGAGUGCCCGAUGGGGGUUAAUUCAGGUAUGGUUCAGCCUACAGGGUCUGUGGCUGGCUCAUCUUCUGCAGUGCGCCCUUCAGGGCAAAAUUUUCAGACACCAGCAGGGCGAGGUAGGGGGAGGAGUGGAGCAUCCAGCUCGAGCAGUCCUCAACACUGCGUGUAUGAAUUGGCUGGUAGACAGGACCGCGAAACGUCUCCUGAUGUCGUUACAGGUAUAUUAUCAGUUUCCUUCCACGAUGUUUAUGCACUGAUUGAUCCAGGUUCCACUUUAUCAUAUGUUACGCCCUUUGUUGCUGGCAAGUUUGGGAUAGAACCCGAGUUGAUUAAACCUUUUGUGAUGUCUACGCCAGUCGGUGAUCCGGUUAUAGCUAGGCGAAUAUACCGAGACUGUGUUGUUAUAGUUUGUGACCGCCAUAUCGUAGCAUACCUGAUUGAGUUAGAUAUGGUUGAUUUUGAUAUUAUUAUGGACAUGGACUGGUUGGCUUCUUGUUAUCACUACAAGAAAUUAUGGAAUUUGCAACAAAAUUUGUUGUUGAAAUAUAUUCAAUAUUGUUGCCAAAAGUACUUUUGGCCACAAGAAAAAAGUUGUUGCAUGUUGUUGUUAUAA